UUUGGUCAAAGGGUUGCGUAAAGUUGAAAUCAUUUUGGCUAGAAAAAACACGAUAAAAUAAUUUGUGAUAUGGUCCACCAAACUCCAAAGCUAUUGUAUGCCAAAAAUAUUAAAAAAGUAGAAAAGAAGUGAUGUACUACGUUGAAAAUCUUAUUUUAUUGCAAGUUAAGAAUAAUAAUAUUGAUAACUUUGUUACGGAGCACCGACAAACAUCGCUUAUUAGCAAAAAGAUUUUGCAACAAUAAAUUUUCUCUUUUUUUGAUAAAAAUAUAAAAUUAAAAUAAUUUUAUUUGUUACACUGCUUGGCCUAUAAAAGCAGUCAGAAUUUUUCUAAAGAUAUAUUUACACACAUUUUGGUGAAUACCAUAAUCGUUAUUUAAGAGGUGUAUAAUUUUGAAUUUGUAACAAAAAUAAAAAGCUACUUUUAUAUAAAAAAUAAAAGACUACAUUAUAUUUACUUUUUUCGUACAUGUACUUCGAAUUUGCAAGAUUAUUUAACCUAUCUACACCAACAAAACCUUUUGAUAAAUAAUGCAAUGUCGAUUUCGGUUAAGGCUAACUCAUAUAAAAGAUAAUAAUGUCUAGAUUCCCAUAUAUUUCAUAUCUAUAUGUGAAAUAUCAUUUUAUGUUCAUCAUCAUGUUCAUCAUCAGUGACAUCAUUAAAGCAUACAAAAGUACUGAAUUAAAAAAAACAUAUAUAUCUCUUGGUUUGGUUUUGUUUGAUCCAUGAAAGAAUAAAACAGUUAAAAUAUUAUUUGAGGCAUUGGGAAGAAACAACAAAAGAUGAGGUUGAAUCCAUCUAAGCCUCUUCGAAAAUCUUUUGACCUUUUUUCGAUACCAAAAUAAUCGAGAUUAUUGCGUACAGAUCAAGUCUAUAUUUUUAUUAUAUGUAGUCUAGCCAAACGAUAUAUCUCACAGCCUCACAUAAUUGAUUUUAUCAUAGGUGUGUGAUAAAUGAUUCUUUGUGAUUAUGUCUCUUUGUUUGUUACUUACCAUUCUCUGUGUUUUUUUCAUUCAUAUUUUUUUAUCUCAAUUAUCCUUUUAAUUUUUUGUUUUAUCAUCAUAUUAUAUAUUUGCUUUUAUUUAAAGUACUACAUAAAUAUUGAAGAAAAUAUUUUGAAUACAUUAUUCAUUACCAUUUUCAUAAGAAGAAUUCAAAAAUUAAAAAGAUGGCCUACAUAAAAGUUUACUAAAAUUUAUGCAAAAAACUAUUCCAAAUUAAUUUAUUUCUGUAAUAUAUAUAGUUAAAUUAAUCACAAAAUAAAAAUACUAAAAUAUAUAUUUCUAAAACAAAUUUAAACAUAUCAUGUUACAAAGUAAUUAAAAUAAAAUUUUAAUCGUAAAGAUGUAAUCCGCGCGUAGCCUUGCAUGAUUUAGUUGAAAACCCUAAUUGGGAAUGGUGUGAGUGUUGAUCUUAUUUCUGCUUUUUGUUAAUUUCACAUUAAAGAAAUAUGUAUUUCUGACUUUAGUCGUCUGAAAAAGAAACUGGAAAACAAAAACAACUUAAGUUAGCGAGAAGCACUUUCCAUUAUUAUCUCUCUUCCCCAACUCACAAUAAUAAUACCAUAGACGCCGGAGCCGUCGUCCCGAUGUCAUCUGCUACAACUCCCUCCACCACUUUCCCCGGCACAACCAUCACUUCCAACUCCACAUUCAUCAUCAUCGAUCCCCCUCCACCGUUCCCAGCACCUCCUCGGAGCAUCGACUUCACUCCUAUCAAACUAAUCUUCGCCGUUCCCGCCUUAGUUUACUCCUAUCAAACUAAUCAUUCAGAGGAGAUCGGUAACGAAUGCACCUUGUGUAAGUCGGUGCUCGCCGACGGCGAAGAGAUCCGACAACUAAGCGCGUGUAAGCACGAGUUCCACGUGUCUUGUAUCGAGGAGUGGCUCCAAACUCGUUCCAAUUGUCCUAAUUGCAGAGCAGACGUCCCCGUUAAACCGACUGAAGCCGACGCUAACGUUAACGGUAACGUUAACGUGAAUCGCAGCGCUGGCGGAAACCGCCGAGUUUCAGCGACCAAUAGAGAUGACGAUUGGCGUCAAGGUCUACCUGAUGCUUCUAGUCUAGUUUGAUUCAUUUUUUAUAUUGUAAUUUGUUUUUUUCGAUUUCAUGAUUUUAUAUUUAUUGGGACUGUAAACAAAUUACGUUAAAUCUUUUUAAAAAAAAGAGUUCCUUACUUCAA